GCGAGGAAAAGAACGGCCUGAUUGGCUUCCCCGAUUCUGAGGUCAUGUGUUCGCGCCCGUACACGUUUAUGGCAGCCAUAUUUGAUUUGGGAAAGAAUACCUCUUGUGAAAUAAACAGGACUGGGAUUCCUCAGGUGGUUCUGUGUAACGGUGCGUGCGUACGAAGAUCAAUCAACUAUCCUCUAUUAGAAGCCUGCUAAAUAUUUUAUUCAUUGAAGAAUUUCCCAGAAACAUGCCAAUCCCUUUGAAAAAUCUGCAACAAAUGGCCCUUUAUCUAGGAGUGGUGUCUGGAGGAGGAUGUGCCCUUAUGUAUUAUUUUAUGCAGAAAACAUUUGCCAGCAAGGAGUAUUACUUGUCUGCUGUCGAGAAACUCAAGAGUCAAACCGAAGCUCUAGAAGUCCUAGGAGCACCACCUCUUAAAGUCCACUAUCUCCGGUUAACAGACAAACACAAUCGUGUUAGCCCAACCAAUGCUCAGAUCAAGAUACCGGUGUCAGGAACCAUAUCAGCUGGAUAUCUCUAUACCACGUCAAUCAAAGAAAAUUUAAAUAGCAGGUGGUCUCUUCAGGAAGUCAUAUUACAAUUGAACAAUGGACAGCGCAUUCCUAUAUAUCAUUUAGAUUAUGCUCAGGUGAAGGGUGAAACACUAGAAAACGAACUAUCCAACUAUUCAGUGUAAAUAAUAAAAUGUUGUAAUUUCACAUA